ACACCAAAAAAGAUCAGUUGUGUGCGGCGACUCUCCAGCGAUAGACGUGUUUCUUCCACGGGAAGAGUAAACAAAAUAAGUAAAAGCGGAAAACGGGAAAAAUUUUGUGGUGUAGCGGUAAAGUGAAAAUAUAUUUAGGUCUUUUCUUAAAUACUAUUUCUAAUACUCACUCGCACGAUCACUUGUACUCAACAUGAAUUUUUAAACAAGACAUAUUUAGAUAACAAAGAGAUACUUGAAGUAAAAGAACUUAUUUUAGUUUUUUUGUUUAAUUAAAUGCAGCAAAAAUAAACAAAUUUUUAAAAAAUAGAAAUUAUUUGUAUUUAACAAAUAAAUUAAUUUAAAUAAAAAAAAACACAAAGAGAAAAAUUUCAACAACAACUACUAUACAAUAGCAGUCGACAGCUUACGUCCACGACCUUAUUAAUAAAAAAUUAUUUAAAUAUUAAAGCAGAUAAAAAUUAAACAAAAAAGAAAGAAAAAGUGAAUCUUUUGGGAAUAAACAACAACAACAUAAAAAAAUACAAGUAAAUAAUUAAAAAAAAUAUAUUUAAAUUGUGUUUAAGAGAGCAAAGCAUAAAGCUGGGAUUAAAAAAAAAGAAAAUAUUAUAAAAUAAAUAAAAAAAGAAAUCAAAUUAAAUUAUAAUAAACAAAAAAGUUGUUUGCGGGAAACAAACAACAUUCAAAAGAAGCUGUUUAUCUACAUAGAUCUGUUGUAAGAAAAAAUAAAUAAAUAUUAUUUAUUUAUUUGGUUUUUUUAUAUUUUUUGUUAAAAUAAUAGAGCAACGUGAGGUAAUUAAAAGUGCAACAACAAGAAAUCAACAAAGUUAACGUAGCCAGCUAUUUAGUCCAAACGUCAUUCUACAUUUUGAUGCUGUAAAAUCUAGUUGAAGAUUUCGGAACUGCGACCAGAGUAGUGUAAAAUAAGUUUUCUUUUGUGAUUUGGAUGAAAAAUACAAGAUCAUAACGGCUACUCGAAUUUGUUAUUGUACAACAACAUUAUGACCCCAACAAAGACCAUCAUAAUAUGGAUGGUCAUAUUUGCAUAUAUGGGCUGGAACCAAAUUGGGGUCUUGGGUUUUCCAACUCUACACAAUUUCCGACGCCAGGUGGUAAAUUGGACACAACCCGAAGAUGAAUGGGAAAUCCUUUCGUUACCACGUAGCAUAACACCUCAUGUAGAGCUUAAACACUAUGACAAUCGCACAAAUGCCGAACCCUCGGAAAAAGAUGACGAAGAGUUCCUCGAACGUCUAAGAAAACUGAAAAAUCGAACAUCUACCUCUCGCAUGUUGUGGUACGGCGAUAAUACACCCGAUGGUCUGGCCUAUCCACCAUUUGUCGAUAAAGCUUUAAAACUGCUAAAUCUAAAGCAGGUUUCCUAUGAAAUCGAAAAUAGUCUUUUAUCCAAAGUAUCGUGUACGGCCUGUAAGGCAGGAGCAGGUCUACUCUUGCACUAUAUACACACGGGCAAGUCAGAACAGGAAAUCAUUAAAAUGAUUUAUCAGUUUUGCGCUAAUCUCAAUAUACAAAGCCCACGGGUAUGUGAGGGUGUUUCCAGUUUGUUUGGCACAGAGGUGGUGUAUGUUUUACAGCGCACUACUCUUAGUCCCGAUGAGAUUUGUAGUUUUGUUAUAGGAGAUGGUUGUGAAGAUAUCUAUAAUCCUUAUCAUGAAUGGGAAGUUAUAUUCCCACCAGUACCUAAACCGCCAGUACUAGAGCUACCAGUACCUAAAGAGGGUGCUCCUUUCUUUAAAGUUUUGCAUAUAUCCGAUACUCAUUACGAUCCUCAUUAUGUUGAGGGUUCGAAUGCCGAUUGUAAUGAACCUCUGUGCUGCCGUUUGAGUAGCGGUAGACCCUCAAAUCCCAAUGCAGCUGCCGGUAAAUGGGGUGAUUAUCGUAAGUGCGAUACCCCUAAAAGAACUGUCGACAACAUGCUCUCCCAUAUUGCUGAUACUCAUAAUGAUAUUGAUUAUAUAUUAUGGACUGGUGAUCUGCCCCCGCAUGAUGUUUGGAAUCAAACGAAACAGGAAAAUUUGGAAAUUAUUAAAGAAACUGUUAAACAAAUGACUGAGAAAUUCCCUGGUGUACCUAUUUUCCCAGCUCUGGGUAAUCAUGAAAGUGCACCUGUCAAUAGUUUCCCCCCACCUUAUGUUAAUCAAGUGGAAAAUUCAAUAUCUUGGCUUUAUGAUGAAUUAGAUGUGCAAUGGCGCAGAUGGUUGCCUCAAAGUGUUUCGCAUACCAUACGCAGAGGAGCUUUCUAUUCGGUUUUAGUUAGACCCGGUUUUCGUAUUAUAUCUCUUAAUAUGAAUUAUUGUAAUAAUAAGAACUGGUGGUUACUUUUAAACUCCACUGAUCCCGCCACUGAACUGCAGUGGUUCAUUUACGAACUUCAAAGUGCCGAAUUCUCCAAUGAAAAGGUACAUGUUAUUGGUCAUAUACCACCCGGGCAUUCAGAUUGUUUAAAGGUGUGGUCCCGCAACUUCUAUAAAAUCAUCUCACGUUAUGAGAACACUAUAAUGGCACAAUUCUAUGGUCAUACUCACUACGAUGAAUUUGAAAUGUUCUAUGAUCCUCAUGAUUUGGGACACUCCAAUAACAUUGCCUAUAUUGGCCCCUCCGUUUCACCCUAUUAUGAUUUAAAUCCUGGCUAUCGUAUUUACUAUGUGGAUGGUGAUCAUGAUACCACUACUCGCCUUGUGGUUGAUCACGAAUCUUGGAUUAUGAAUUUGAAGGAGGCCAAUUUAUAUGAUUAUCCUAUUUGGUAUAAAUUGUAUACGGCUAGAGCUGCUUAUAAUAUGAAAGCUUUGAGACCUGUGGACUGGGAUAAUUUGAUAAAUGAGCUGACGCAUAAUCAAGAGUUAUUUGAUUUGUAUUAUAAAAACUAUUGGAAGAACUCCCCCGUAAGACCCACAUGUGACUCGGAGUGUCGAAAGCGAAUCUUGUGUGAUGCCAAGAGUGGACGUUCACACGAUCGUCGUCACUUCUGCUCGGCUCUAGAGGCUAAAGUAGACGAUGUAUCGGGUAAAUCAUGGAAAUCAUGGUUCUAUCGUGGUCUUAGUAAUUCGGUUGCCAACACUUUGAGUUUAGCACGCCAUAUUAUAUAAAUUUUAAAAGAUUUUAAAAACGUAAAUUUAUAGCUGCACUCAUUUUCACUCAUAAUUGGUUUAUUUUAAGUUAAAAAAUUUAUAAUUAUAAAUAUUUUGGUAAUGGUUUAUUUUGUACAAUUAACAAAUUUUACUGCUAACUUAACAGUGGCCUGAUAGCACUUGAUCUAAAUAAGGAUAAACAUCUGCUAUACAAAACUAAUGAGCAAACCCAGGCCGAGGAACACAAUGGAAUUGAAACCACCACCGAGUGGCAGGUGCCGGAUGUUAUUAUAUCUUAUGGUUAA